GUAUUUUUUAGCACCUUAUGUAUUGUGAGAAAAACGUAAACAAUUUGGAAAAUGCCCUCCGAAAAUAGGAUUAAAAUCCUGCCCAAAGCGGUGGUUUGCGAGGAGAGCAACCUUCGCGGUGACAUCACCUUUUCGUCGGGCUGUGUGGUUCAUCCAAGUGCCACCGUUAUCGCCGACGCAGGACCCAUAAUUAUUGGGGAAAACUGCAUCAUCGAGGAGUAUGCAACCAUAGCACAUCGCUUGGAACCGGGCGCAUCAUGGGACGUCAACAAUAUCUUGAGCAUUGGCAACCAUAAUGUCUUUGAAGUGGGAUGCCAAGUGGAGGCCUCUCGCAUUGGCGAUAAAAACGUAUUCGAGAGCAAGUGUUUCGUGGGCCGUGGAGUUACCGUUUCCAAUGGUUGUGCUGUGGGAGCUGGGAUUAAGAUACACACCAGUCAACUUCUGCCGCAAAACACCAUUGUUUAUGGCGAGCAAGGAUUGCAGCGAGAGGCCAUCGAUAAGCAGGGAUCACAGACCCUGCAGAUCGAUUUCCUUCGCAAGGUGCUGCCGAACUAUCAUCAUCUCCGCAAGCCCAACUACGAUCCCAAGAAGGCACGCAGUGUUGUCUAGAUUGUAGUCCCUAUAUAUAAUCAUUUAUGUAUUCUCCACCUUCACAGCAUUAAAAUUAGACAUCUCCUUUACAAAAGUA